UUCACUUUGAGCUCUCUCAUCCCUCCUGCACAUCACAUUCCUCUUUCUGCUUUCUCGUAUCUUGUCCAGCUCCAUCUAAUAAUCUCACAAUGGCCUUGUGGAUUCAGUGUCUCCCUCUGGCAAUCCUGCUCAGUGUGUUGGUACCAAACACCAAUGCUUUUGCCACUCAGCACCUGUGUGGAUCCCACCUUGUAGAUGCCCUGUACAUGGUAUGUGGGGAGAAAGGUUUCUUCUACUAUCCAAAGAGCAGACGAGACCUUGAAGAACCCUCGGUGAAUGGACUCCAGGACAACAAUCUGGACGGGCUGAAGGAGUUCCAGAAGAGAGGCAUCGUAGAACAGUGCUGCCAAAGCACCUGCUCUCUGUACACUCUGGAGAGUUACUGUAACCAAUAGGACCAUGCGAGAUCCCAGGACACUUUCAUACCGCACCUCGCUCGCAAAUAGAAAAUGUGAAAAUAACACGAUGGCAGGACAUGGCUUACCUAAGGACACUCCAAUUAAAUAAAAUAUAAGCACACUUGUCUAUAUAUAUAUGUGAGUGUGUGAACUAUCCACCUUCCUCAUUCUAAUACUUUAAUGAAACAGCUAUAAGCCACAUGUAUACACAGUGGAAUGACUCGAUUUCAGCGAAUGAUGUCAAUAUGUCCCGAGACGGGCUUUGCUUCUUGUCGUAUUUCAUUUUCUUAAACCGCGCUACCCAUAGGGGAUUGCGCCUUUAUAGAGAUACAGCAGAUUGAUAUCUCUUUAAUUGUUUGACAGUUAGGUAAUGUUAACUCAGCGAUGUUACUGAAUGCAUUACAGGUGACUACGAAUUUAAAAAAAAAGUUCUCUGCUUUUUUUUUUGUUAAAAAGAAAAAUGAUAGAGUGGGUUCAUAUGAGGGUAUCAGAUCAAAACUCCUGGGACUAUUCCUAAAGAAAGAGGUGCCAAUGAAAAAACCCUGUGAAAGGGGGCCUUGUGAGAAGUGUUUGUUAUUUUAAUCCCAUUAUUCUACAGACAGAGGAGGGAGAAAUGGCCAUGAUGUUAUGAAACGCUUUCUUUUGCAAUGUAAGUGUCCUGUACCAAUGCAUACACUCUGCUCAAUCUGAAUGCGAAUAAAUUCAUGCUAAAGA